GAAGAAGAAAGUUGGUGUAGGAGCCGCACAUGUGGUCCGUUCAGUAAGAGGCUCAAGGCAGCAUAAACGUCCCGUCCUCAGUAUCGAUACAGCGCAUCACAGCAGAUAACAUGAAACCAGGGUUCAGUCCUCGUGGGGACCGAGGAGGAAGAGGACGGGGGGGAGGUAGAGGAGGAUUUGGUGACCGGGGAGGUCGAGGAGGAUUCAGAGGAGGAAGAGGUGGUGGGUUCAAAUCCCCAGAUGGUGGAGGAUUUCGAGGCCGAGGAGGUGGCAGAGGCACCCCGAGAGGAAGAGGAGGGAGAGGAGGGAGGGGUGGAAGAGGAGGCUUUGGAGGAGGGAAGAAGGUUUUGGUUGAGCCACACAGACAUGAAGGAGUGUUCAUCUGCAGAGGAAAGGAGGAUGCCCUGGUGACCAAGAACAUGGUGGUGGGAGAGUCUGUGUAUGGAGAAAAGAGGAUCAGUGUGGAGGAAGGAGAGUCUAAGAUUGAAUACAGAGCUUGGAAUCCAUUCCGCUCCAAGCUGGCAGCUGCCAUCCUGGGAGGAGUAGACCAGAUCCACAUCAAGCCUGGAGCAAAGGUCAUGUACCUGGGAGCUGCGUCUGGAACCACAGUGUCCCACGUCUCUGACAUUGUUGGACCGGAAGGGCUGGUCUACGCUGUGGAGUUUUCCCAUCGAUCUGGUCGUGAUCUUCUUAAUGUGGCAAAGAAACGCACCAACAUCAUUCCAAUCAUUGAAGAUGCCCGCCACCCACACAAAUAUCGCAUGCUGGUUGGUAUGGUAGAUGUGAUAUUUGCUGAUGUUGCCCAGCCUGACCAGACGAGGAUUGUUGCUUUGAACGCUCACAACUUCCUGAAGAACGGAGGACACUUUGUUAUCUCCAUCAAGGCUAACUGUAUAGACUCAACAGCAGCUGCAGAGGCAGUGUUUGCCUCCGAAGUAAAGAAGAUGAGUGCUGAGAACAUGAAACCUCAGGAGCAGCUCACACUGGAGCCCUAUGAGAGAGACCAUGCUGUUGUGGUGGGCAUUUAUAGACCUCCACCGAAACAGAAGAAAUGAAGUGUAGAAGAAGACUCAAGGAAACUGAUUACCAUGUUCAACCACCACCUUACUUUUUAUACUUUCAGUGUUGUCCAUUGCCCUCCUCUCUACUUCUGCCUGCAUGUCAUGCCAUGAAAGCAUGAAGCGCAAACAUUUGUCUGGUUUUCCUUUAUUUUGAGUCCGCUCACAGUUAACUGACCAAACACCCAACUUUUAGAGAGUCUUUACUGAGAAGGAUGGGAGCAGAUUAUAUGACAUCUGGGGCCAUUUCAGCCAUAGGUUGUCACCUGAGCAGGGUAAUCAUGACAAUGGUACAAGUAGUAUGAUUUAAAAGGUUCACAUCUGUUUUGACCACACUUAUUUAUGUUAUGCACAAGUGAUGCGCAUAUCCAACUGAAUAUCAGGUCUGUGCAACUACACACCAUGAAGACUAUAGGAAAAUAUUUAACACUUGAUGACUUGUUUAUUCAGUCCUGUGUAGUGUGUUCCCAGCCUUAAAUGAGUUGGGAGGGAUUUUUUUUAAUUCACCUGCCCCUUUGUUGUGAAUAAGUUACUUUCUACCCUGAGGAGUAUUUCAGCAGAUGAGAUAAACUUAAUAUGAAGGGCUUUGUUGAAAGACCUAUAAGCAGUUACAGAAGUUUGAGUAAUUGUUUUGAUUUUGGCUCCAGUUAGCUUUUUUGUUUGUCACUACCUUUGUAUCAGUAUUUAUCGCUCCCAAUUCUUUUCUUUCUGAUUUUUUUUUUUUUUAAUGACAUUUUUCUGGUUCUCUGCUCUUCUGAUUACUGCCUUUAUUGGGAUGCUUCGUACUCCAGAUAGCACAAUCCCGUAUUUGCAGGGAUUUUCCAACUAUCCACACACCAUACACCUCAGAUGGCUAGUAUUUUAGGUGAACAAGUUAUCUGUCACAACUUAUGUACGGUAAAAUCUACUUUGUCUCCAUGUUGUGUGUAUUUAUUCCACAGUACCCACACUUUGUAGGCUAUGGAACCCUUGGUGCUGAGCUGUUUAGUGGUGAGGUGGUAACUUUGAUCGUGUGUGUACAGACCAAUAUAGAUGGUGACUUUUUCACUGACUUGUAAUUUGAUUGUAGUAUAGCUUUUGUGUUGGCAGACUAUAAGGCAGAAUGGUUGUACAAUGCAACAAAUUAUGCUUAUAUAUUUGUUUUUGACACAACCAGGAACUUGGUUUUAUUAAAAAUGUUUGAUUCUUGUUA